GCCCGGAGAUCUUGUCCCAGAUAACUUCGUCUUCGAUAUAAGAAUGGAUGUACACCUGGGUCGGACAGCUCCGGUAGACUAAGUAGAGAGGUGGCACUUUUAUCCUGCAAAAGCUGCGGUCAAUUCCAGAAUGUCCAUAGGCUCAUCGUGGAUGCGAGAGCGAGUGAAAGAGAUUCACCAGGCGCGCAAGGAUAGAGCACUCUUGGGUUGACAGCCAAUAUCUCUUUAUUUUUUUUUAUCUUGAUAAGCUCCACUUUUUCAACUGCAAUAACAUUAACGGCUGCGAAUCUCUCAUGUGUUGCAGCGGGCGGAUCGAGUAACCAUACGACCUUAGAGGACGUCAAAGAUAUACAUACACCGCAGCAUCCACUCUAUCACAGUAUUCAACCCUUCCCAACCUUCGAACACCACCCGAUCACUCGAUAUUCAUUCCAAGGUGGAGGGCUGGAUAACAACUUCCAGAGCUUCGGUUACACGAUGUCAGAACCAGGUCUUCCCAGCGGGGAUACCGUGGUCCCUACCGAGGGCCAGAAAGCGGAACGAUUAACGAUGGACGAGACAAGAGCAAGCGAGACCACGGCUGGGAGCAGCGGAGAAACUAAUGAAAUUCUCCAGCAAAAGACAUCUAUGAGGAGCAAGGGCCUGCGAUUCUGGGCAAUCAUAGCAGCCCUUGCAGUUGACGGGCUCCUGACUGCCCUAGAAGCAACCAUCACAUCAACUGCUCUGCCAACAAUUAUCGGGGCUCUUGGGGGGGCAGAUCAGUACAUCUGGGCAGUCAACGUGUAUUUUUUGUGCAUGUAAGUUGGCAUUUAUCCAAGGUCCCUUGUGGCAUGAAUGAUGACAGGGGGCGCAAUUUAGGACCGCGCUACAGCCACUUUUUGGGCAGCUGGCAAACGUUUUCGGCAGACGUUGGCCCACCAUCAUAGCCACAGCGUUGUUCAUCCUAGGAAGUGGAAUCUCGGGCGGUGCGCAUAACAUGGGCAUGAUGAUCGCAGGUCGCGCUAUCCAGGGUCUUGGUGCCGGCGGAAUCAACGUCCUUAUCGAAAUCAUCAUCUGCGACUUGGUUCCGCUGCGAGAGAGAGGAAACUAUCUCGCAUUGAUAUUCGGCCUAAUCGCACUGGGGACAGCCCUCGGCCCCUUUUUCGGCGGUCUAAUUGUUCAACAUACCUCAUGGAGAUGGGUGUUCUACCUCAAUCUCCCAAUAGGUGGCGCGGCUCUGGUCCUGCUGGUUCUCUUCUUGAAGGUCAAGUACAAAAAAGAGGACACACUCGCGACGAGACUCAGCAACAUCGAUUGGAUCGGCACUGGGGUCUUCGUCGGAUCAGUGGUUUCGAUUCUGAUAUCUUUGUCUUGGGCCGGUGCAUUGUACCCUUGGUCGUCCUACCGCAUCAUUGUCCCGCUAGUCAUCGGUUUUGUGGGACUUAUUGGCUUCCUUUUCUUUGAAGGAUCCAGAUUCUGUGUGGAUCCAACUAUGCCUCUGCACCUCUUCUCGAAUCGCACAUCAUUGACGGCCUUUAUCCUUACAUUCCUCCACAGCAUUACCACGAUCUGGGCGAUAUACUUCCUUCCAGUGUAUUUCCAAGGCGUACUCAUUUCGACUCCUGGACGCUCCGGUGUCCAGCUACUUCCCACGAUAUUGAUGUUGAUCCCGUUUGCCGCCAUAUCCGGAAAAAUUCUGGCUCAAUUUGGCCGCUAUCGCCCACUCCACCAUGCCGGAUAUGCGAUUAUGGUUAUAGGGCUUGGGCUGUUUACUCUCUUGGACGAAAAGUCCUCAACCGCAGAAUGGGUCAUUUAUCAAGCCAUUGAAGCUGCGGGUGCAGGUUUGAUCAUUCCGGUACUACUACCGGCGGUUCAGGCUGAGCUCACCGACAAGGACACGGCCCUGGCGACAUCCACAUGGGCUUUCAUACGAAGUUUCGGUAUGGUAUGGGGCUCUACCAUGCCUGCCGCGGUGUUUAACAACCGAUUCGAUCAACUCGCUGGCCGUAUCAGCAGCGCAGACGUCGCUGCCCAGCUCAAAGGCGGGAAGGCGUACGAGCACGCCACAAAACUAUUCCUCGAAGCACUACCAGCCAGGAUCCGUCAGGAAGUUAUUUCUGUCUUUUCAGACAGCUUAAAACGCACUUGGCAAAUCGCAAUCGCAUUCGCAGCCCUGGGAUUUGUCGUUGUCAUUGGUGCACGGGAAGUGCCCCUGCGACAGGAGUUGGACACCGAGUAUGGAAUGGAGGAUGGGUCGAGGAAGAACAGCGUGGUCGUGAUGGAGGAAGGGGAGAAAGAUGGUCAGGAAAAGGCGAAUGGAGAAGGUCAAAAAGCUUUUCAAGUGUCAGAGACAAUUGCCUAG